GAUACUACAUAGCCCAGUAUCACUUGGGUAAGCAAGCUGAGAAUACGUUGCAACGAUGGCAUCUCUGGUGUCUCUCAAGGUGUUUAUCAUUGCCCUUUUGGAGGUGAUUUCAAGUUCGGCUCAGCCCCUCGAAGCGCGAACCGUCCAAAGGCCCCUUCUCUCAGAACUGCCGUGUUCUAGCGACUUUGGCUUUUCUGGUGAGCUGUUAGGCUUGAUGAGUGGCGCUAUACCAGACAGUGAUAUCACAGCCUCGUCUUCGUGGAACGCCUCUUACUCCGCCUCCAGUGUUCGCAUUUUCUCUGGUUCUUCUUGGUCGCCGAGAGUCAAUGAGAACCAGUGGAUCCAGGUAGAUCUGGGUGUCUUCGCUGCUAUCACAGGCGUCAUUAUAUACAGUGACUUUGGUGAGGUAAACUACAUCAAAACCUUCACCGUUCAGCACAGCACGAGUGGAGCAGCAAAUGAAUGGCAGAACCUGACUGAUGAGGUCGGCCAAACUAUUCAGUUUGAAGUAAGCAGCGAAUUUUGGAACGGAAUGACCGUCAUCUCAUUUCCCGAUGCGCUGUUUACAAGAUUCAUCCGCUUGUCUCCAACUGCUUGGGUUGGCCAUAUUCGAUUGAAUAUGGAGUUCACGGGGUGUCGAGACAUAGAUGGUAUGCUUCGCCUAGUGGGGGGUGAUGGACACUCCGGUCGAGUGGAAGUUCUGAAGGGCGGUAUCUGGGGUGUGAUAUGCGAUAAUGGCUGGGAUGACCAAGAUGCUGACGUCGUUUGCCAGCAGUUUGGCUUGAACGAGAUGGGGGAGGCCACCAGUCUACCCUUGGGGGAGGGCGAAGAGGCUCCAUUCCUCAUGAGCCGGGUAACCUGCAGAGGAACCGAGACGCGCCUGGUGGACUGCCCGCUUGUCUGCGGCAGCGAAAGCCUGCAAUGUAACAGCUCACGCGCGGCAGGCGUGUCGUGCAAACCACCCCGAGAUGUCAUUCGUCUGGUUGGUGGUUCGAGCCCAACCAACGGCCGUGUUGAGAUUUACCAGAACAACACCUGGGGCACUCUAUGCGACACGUACUGGGACGUGACGGAUGCGGACAUUGUCUGCCGCCAGCUAGGGUUCUCAGGCGCCGAGGAGGCCAAGUCUGGUGCCCACUUUGGUCAGGGAGUGGGUCCCGUGCACAUGGACGGUCUGGCGUGUGAUGGGUCCGAGAGCAGGAUCACCGACUGCCCUUCGCUCUGUUGGGAGGGUACGCGAUGCAACCACACCCAAGAUGCGGGUGUGGUCUGCCGAGAAGGUGCUACUUUGCAAAAGAAAGAGUCUGCUACUGGAAGUGGCCUCCCCCCUCACGAGUUCUCGGUUGUUACAAUUGACGAUUACUUCUUCUUCUCGCCUUCAAGCGACUGGAUACCUCCCGAAUUUUGAGAAAACUGUGAAAUAGGUUCAAAAGGCUCUCUAGAUAAACGUCUAGAAUCCCACCCCCACCCAAAAACUUAAUUACAUUUUUGUUGGUUCCGUACCUCCAUGGUCUGUGCCUGGGCAGGUUUCCAAUCGCAGAAGAAAAAGACUUUUUCGCAGAAAUUUUCCUAUGUAUGUGACUGCUUAAUAACGAGGAAAAAACUAAUGGUUUCGGUGGUGAUUUAUUGGGUGAAAAGAAUCACCAAUCUUCUCGAGGCAACUAUUUUGAUACUAAAAUAAUUGUGCAGUUUGCAUUUUGUAUCACAUCCAACUACUUAAAAACGACAGUUAAGAAUACAAAUUAUGAAAGGGGCCACCUUGUCUCGUGAAGGCCUGCCUACCUGACACAAAAUUGGUUUUGGUACCAUGUGAAACAUAAUGGUGUAAAAAUAUAUUCACGUACACAGGUGCAAUUACACAUUUGUCAAGGUAGGCAAUUAAAGGCCUUACUUUAUGGAACGGAGAACUUAACCUCACACACUGUAAACAUUUCUAAAGUACAAAAAGUCUAAAAAAUUGAGUUCAAAAGGCUUUCCAAAUAUUUACCCGAGUGGCAGCAGACAGAUUGUCAUGAAAGUUAAGUUUAGCUUACAUCCAAAAUAUACACCAUGUUUCCACGUUGAAAAAUUCUUAAAUAUAAAGAUGAGAAAUAGUUCCAGAUGACCAUAAAAGUAUUUUACCAGCUUUGCGGACACUAACUAGUUUAUUUCAGUUCGUAAGGCUAUUUUUCAUUUAUUUGUUGCUUACAUUUUGCAGACAUUUAGAAUAUCUAACAAUCAUACCAUUUGAUGGGACUUCAAGUGAGUGGUUCAAUGGGGGCGGAGCAAAUAGGCUAGAUUGCAGCCCAAAUGUAGCUCCGCUUUUGUUACCUUAAAAGGGACAUCAUCCUCGGUCCUCUGCAAUCCUCAAGUGUCUCUCUCCCAUCAUCAAAUCUAUUAAACCACAAUCAAUUCUUCUUUCCCAUGAAAAUCAGAUUCUGAACACAGUUUUUUUCCCUCAAAUUUCUAGCCAAGAACCACUCUGAAGAGCACGCCCUAAAAUCUAGUUGAAUACAAUAAAUGUACUGCAUGUUAUCAUUACCAGGCAAACAUGUACGAGCAUAUUUUAUAUGUAUUAUUUCCUCAAGUCUCACUGUGCAGUGGCUGCAUAUACUGUAUUUAACGAAUGACGAACUCCCUGUUUUGCCAAAAAAUCUACGCCUCCUUGUCUCUUGACCAAAAAUCACAAAUCCUGCGAUCAAUCCUUGCUUAGGGCAGUAACAAAACGUGCAAAUGCACUUGCUUGUUUACAAGCAUCUGGCCCAGAGUAAACGCCAACAGCUUUGUAAAUCCGUCACCUCUCUACAGGGAUGUAAGGGCUCUCCAGCAAGUUUCAUUUGCUUCAGUUCCCCCCCCAUGGAAAAUCAUUUGGAAGCAAACUGACAGUCUAAGGCACUAACUAUCAAUUAGAACUUAUUAAAUAUUACUACUGCAAAGAGAAUCUUAUAUUAUCUUUGUGAACCAAUCUAGAUGAGACUGUUCACUUAUAAGAUAAUAAGACGCAUAUGAAAGUAACAAAUGUCUGUUUGUGUUCUAUUUCUUAAGUGUUUCUCGAAGUACACGCGAGGUGCUGUGUAAAUCACAUCCAAUCUACCAGUAUUUGUAUGGUUAGGGUUAUAAUGUUCCUUUCUAUGAUUUUUAUGAUGGAAUCAAAGCAUGCAUGGGAUAAUGACAAAGAUAAUAAAUCUAUAAUGAAUAUAAGAAACAUAAUGAAAAAUACGCCUGCUAUUGAUCUUAAAGAUGUAUAUGGCACAUAGAGUUUGGAAAAUGUUGAAAGCACAGGCUGAUUUCACCAAACACUUCAUAACUUGAGACCUAUGUACAGCAGGACUUGAAAGGGUGCAUGAUGUGAAGCAUAUGUGAAACUUUCUAAUCCUCUUAAAAUGUAAGAAAACUAACAUCUGUAUUUGGUUACUCUUAAAUGCACUUUAUUAAAUGUACAAAUUUUUCCAUGGGAACUGCUUCUUUGAUGUCAGUACCGGAAGACAGUAUUUAUUUAGGGGUUUCUGUGAAAAUUGUGAAUCCAACAUUUGCUCAGAGAAAAUAUUUAUGA